CUUGACAUUAACAGAGAGUAGUGCACGUUUGUUGUUUUAAGGUUUUUCUCCAAAUUUUUAAAGCCUUCAAUUAUGCCAAAACAACCACGCAAAAGAAAAAUCAAGCCUUCCUCUAGUAAUGAAUUGGGGUCACCCACCGACGGCCUAAAUCCACCUAAAGAAAAAAUCCAUGUAAGGGAUGAUUCGGAAAUGGAUGAACUGUCUAGGGUUCUUUUUGGAGACUCAUCGGCCUUUUUGCGGAGCUUGGAGGAGGCGGAAGAAGAAGAUUGUGUAGCAGGCCCCUCAAACCACUCCCAGUCCUUACUUCAUAGAGACUCUGGUGUGGAGAGCAGUAAUUCUGAAGAUAGUGACAAUUGUAACCGCAAACCUGCUUGGUUUGAUGAUGAUGAUGAAGGUAUUGAGGUUGGCGAAGCUCUUGACGCCCAAGGACGUAAGCUUCCGAGGGGAGGUUUAAACGAACGCGACAAAAAAUACUCAAAUCUUUUAAAGCAUAAAUUUGAGUCAGUUGUGGGAUGUCCCAGUUGGGCUAAGUUAAAAAGACCCAGAACAGAAUCUGCAGGCUCUGAUGAAGAAAUUUUGAGGACAGUAGGGUUUGUCACAAAAGCCCCUCAAACCUCUUUAUUAUCUGGUUCAUUAGAGUUCAAAAAAGUUAAAGAUUUAAAUUGUGAAACUUACAAUGAAGGACCAUUUAUCAAUGCAGUUGAGUUUCAUCCAUCAUCAAGUGUGGGACUUGUUGCUGGGAAUCAAGGUAUUGCUAGUCUUUUUGCUGUUGAUGGCAAGAAAAAUAACAAGUUGCACAGUGUUGUUUUUCAAAACUUCCCUAUAUUAUGUGCUAAGUUCAUAAGAAGUGGCAAUGAAGUAAUAUUGGGCUCUCGCCAAAAACACAUUUUUAGCUAUGACCUUUUAGCAGCUAAACCAACAAGAUACAAUCUCCCUCCUUCAAUGACACAAUGCAAAAAGUUUGUUGUUUCACCAGAUACUCAAUUUUUCGCUGCAGCUGGCAAGUGGGGAGAAGUACACAUUCUCUCAUCCAUAUCUAAAGAAAAAAUAGCUACUCUUAAACAAGACAGUGAAGUUACCAGUUUAGAAUUUAAUUAUGAUGGAAGUAUGCUAUUUGGGCAUUCAGAUACAGGAGAAGUAACUGUGUGGAACAUGAAAACCAGAAAAGUACAACAUAAGUUUAUGGAUGAAGGAUGUUUACAAGGUACAACUCUUGCUGCAUCUUCAUCAAACCAAUUUUUAGCAUGUGGUUCAGCUCAAGGAGUGGUAAAUCUGUAUGCCAUGGAAGAUGUUUUACAUAAUAAAGUACCCAAACCAAGAAAAACUAUUAUGAACCUCACCACAGCAAUAACAAAUUUAAAAUUCAACUCGACUAGUGAGCUGUUGGCAUUGUCAUCAACUGAAAUUAAAAAUUCCAUAAAACUAUUGCAUUUAGGAAGUAGUACUGUAUUUAGCAAUUUUCCACCUUUUGAUAGUAAACUAGGAAAUAUAAAUUGUGUAAAUUUUACACCAGGAAGUGGCUUCUUAGCUUUAGCAAAUAGGAAAAGCAUUGUGUCACUGUUUAGGCUUAAGCACUUUAAAAAUUAUUAAUGCAAUUUGUUGUACUUAAUAUGUUUAUUUGUUACAUAACAUUCACUAUGUAUCAUUUCGAUGUAGGUAUAACUAUCCCUUAAUAUAUUCCUAGAUGUUAGUCAAAUAAAUUUAAGAAAUGUAAUUAA